CUAGGUAACCGAAAGCCCCCAGAUUCAAGAACCACUCGAGGAGUGGGGGUCAGUGCCAGUUAGGGCCCCAGAGUGGGUCCCAGAUGCGAGGGCAGGAACCCUCUUCCUCUUCUCUGGCCAGAAGACUGGGAAGAGGGUAUAACUCCCGAGGAGGAUUUGCUUCGAAUUUUCACCCGACCCUGCCUGGGAUCCAUGGACAAUCCGCGCCCCUGCAGGUGCCAGCAUGGCCCUGGAGAUGCGCUGGAUGGUCAUUCACUUCAGUUUUGUGCGUAAGACAAGAAGACUGAGGGGAGAGGAGCCAUGGCUUCGGAUGCCAGUCACGUGCUAGAAGCUGCCCUGGAGCAAAUGGACGGGAUCAUUGCAGGCACUAAAACAGGUGCAGAUAUCGGUGACAGUAGCUGCGAGCCUGCACUGGCCUCUCCGGCCUCCCACACGAACCCUUUCCCAGUGCUCCAUCUCGUUGAGGACUUGAGACUGGCACUGGAGAUGCUGGAGCAUCCUCAGGAGAGAGCAGCCCUCCUGAGCCAGAUCCCGGGCCCCACAGCUGCCUACAUAAAGGAGAGCUUGUCCCAGGUGAAUCACCACGGUGCUGCUAGUAAUGAAACGUACCAGGAACGCUUGGCACGUCUAGAAGGAGAUAAGGAGUCCCUCAUUUUACAGGUGAGUGUCCUCACAGACCAAGUGGAAGCACAAGGAGAAAAGAUUCGGGACCUGGAGGUGUGCCUGGAAGGACACCAGGUGAAACUCAAUGCCGCCGAAGAGAUGCUUCAACAGGAGCUGCUAAGUCGCACAUCUCUUGAGACCCAGAAGCUUGAUCUGAUGACUGAAGUUUCUGAGCUGAAACUCAAGCUGGUUGGCAUGGAGAAGGAGCAGAGAGAGCAGGAGGAGAAGCAGAGAAAAGCAGAGGAGUUACUGCAAGAGCUCAGGCACCUCAAAAUCAAGGUAGAAGAGUUGGAGAAUGAACGGAAUCAGUAUGAGUGGAAGCUGAAGGCCACUAAGGCUGAGGUAGCCCAGCUGCAAGAGCAGGUGGCCCUGAAGGAUGCAGAAAUUGAGCGCCUGCACAGCCAGCUCUCCCGGACUGCAGCCCUGCACAGCGACCACGCAGAAAAAGACCAAGAAAUUCAACGUCUGAAAAUGGGGAUGGAAACUUUGCUUGUUGCCAAUGAAGAUAAGGACCGUCGGAUAGAGGAGCUCACAGGGCUGUUAAACCAGUAUCGGAGGGUGAAGGAGAUCGUGAUGGCAACUCAAGGGCCUGCAGACAGAACUCUCUCAAUCAAUGAAGAAGAACUCGAGGGAAGUUUCCGAAAGUGGAACAGUGCAAACAAAGGCCCUGACGAAUUACUUAAGCCAGAGAUGCCUCCAAGAUGUAGCUCUCCCACCGCGGGGCCACCUCCACUCCCGCAGAAAUCACUGGAAACCAGGGCUCAGAAAAAGCUCUCAUGUAGUCUAGAAGACCUGAGAAGUGAACCUGUGGACAAGUGUGUCGAUGGGAACCAGCUCUCCCCAGUGAUAGAACCCAAGGACGGCCCUUUCCUGGCAGAGCACAAAUACCCCACAUUACCUGGGAAGCUUUCGGGAGCUACGCCCAAUGGAGAGGCUGCCAAGUCAACUCCCAUGGCCUCACAGCCCGACCCCACAGGGGGAAGCCUGCUCAGGCUGAAUCGUGGCCGGAGUGUCAGUGCCCCCGUAUUAGGAGACACAGAAAGUGGUUGGGAUGACACUGCUGUGGCCAAUGACCUCUCAUCCACAUCAUCGGGCACUGACUCAAGCCCCCAGUCUCCCCUGACGCCAGAUGGUAAACGGAGCCCCAAAGGCAUCAGGAAAUUCUGGGGAAAAAUCCGAAGAACUCAGUCAGGAAAUUUCAACACUGAUGCUCCGGGGAUGGCAGAGUUUCGACGCGGUGGGCUCCGGGCAACCGCAGGGCCAAGGCUUUCUAGGACCAGAGACUCCAAGGGUCAGAAAAGUGACGCCGGUGCCCCCUUUGCCCAGUGGAGCACAGAGCGUGUGUGUGCGUGGCUGGAGGACUUCGGCCUGGGUCAGUACGUGAUCUUUGCCAGGCAGUGGGUGACUUCUGGCCACACUUUACUGUCAGCUACCCCUCAGGACAUGGAAAAGGAGUUAGGAAUUAAGCAACCUCUGCACCGGAAGAAGCUGGUUUUAGCAGUGAAAGCCAUCAACACCAAGCAGGAGGAGAAGUCCGCACUGCUCGACCACAUCUGGGUGACACGUUGGCUUGAUGAUAUUGGCUUACCCCAAUACAAAGAUCAAUUUCAUGAAUCCAGAGUUGAUGGGCGAAUGCUACAAUAUCUGACUGUGAAUGAUCUCCUCUUCUUAAAAGUCACGAGCCAACUCCAUCAUCUCAGCAUCAAGUGUGCCAUUCAUGUGCUACAUGUCAACAAGUUCAACCCCCACUGCCUACACCGGCGGCCAGCUGAUGAGAGUAACGUUUCUCCUUCAGAAGUUGUACAGUGGUCUAACCACAGGGUGAUGGAGUGGUUGCGAUCUGUGGACCUGGCGGAGUACGCGCCCAAUCUUCGUGGGAGUGGUGUCCAUGGAGGCCUCAUUAUCCUGGAGCCCCGCUUCACUGGGGACACCCUGGCUAUGCUUCUCAAUAUUCCACCGCAGAAGACGCUCCUCAGACGUCACCUAACCACCAAAUUCAAUGCCCUGAUUGGUCCUGAGGCUGAACAGGAAAAGCGAGAGAAAAUGGCCUCCCCGGCUUACACACCACUGACCACCACAGCCAAAGUCCGGCCAAGGAAACUGGGAUUUUCACAUUUUGGAAACAUAAGAAAAAAGAAAUUCGAUGAAUCGACAGACUACAUUUGCCCAAUGGAGCCCAGCGACAGUGCUGGUGACAGUCACAGGGUCUACAGUGGCUACCAGGCCCUCAGCCCCCUCGAUGCCCCUGAACUGGAUGGGCUGGACCAGAUGGCGCCUUCGGAAGGCACUGUGACGCAGAUAGGGCUCCUCUCCCAAGACAUUCACCGUCUCACGACUAUGCUGAGCCAGGACCAGCUGCUGAACGACUCUCGCCUGGCGGCUCCCAACCCUGAGGACUGGAGAUGACUUUCUUCAUGGCCAAGAGGCCAGAGAGGCACGUGUGGGGGCCCCAAGUCUCUGCUUCAAGGGGGGCUGGCACAGCCACCCGCAGAGUCCAGACGGGCUGGCAGGACAUCUUGGAACGGGGGUGCUGACAGGAGCGAGCAGAGUGGUGAACAGAUGUCAGGGGGUGGGCCCAGGGGGCCCCAUGUUUUCAACUGUACUGUGCUCUUCACCACAGCUUUAAUACCUUUUGUACUUUUAUACGUGGACUGCACCCCACUUCUGUGGGGAAGGCAGUGAGACAUCAGCACAGACUCGAUUCAAUGGCUCACGCUCUUCCCCGAGACAGUUGGGAGGUUCUUACACCAAAGGGAAAGGGCAAUGAGUUCAUAAAAGCUCUGCUGUUAAGAAAA